UGUUUUGUUGCAGCAGUUUGGGGCACGGUCGUUUUUCACUUCACGCUCAACUAGUCCAGCUUUUUGUAGGUGUGGUGUGUGGAUUCCGGAAGUUGAAUUGAGCUGCAGUCAAGAAUUACUAACAUUUUGCCUUCAUUUCUUCAAAGAGUCACAUUUGUAACGCCACCAUGGGUAUCACAGUGUACGUUUCGACGGUUUCGUCAAACGUGGAUAUCAAAAAGCAACAGCAGAGGAUUAAUAUGAUUUUAUCCAGCAAAAAAUUUGAGUUUGAAGAAGUUGACAUCUCUUCGAGCGAAGAUGACAAAGCAAGGAUGAGAGAUAUUUGUAAGGAUCCCAAAGCCCUGCCCCCGCAGAUCACCAACGGUGACCAAUAUUGUGGAGACUUCGCAAAGUUUGAACUAGCCGUGGAGGAUGAAAUCCUGGAAGAGUUUUUGAAGCUUAAAUAAUUCUCAUAUUUUCCCUCGGCAUAUAAAAACACAACUUUCUUUUUCAUUUCAUUCCUUAAGCAACACAUUCCGCAUGUCAUAAAGGUCGAUGCAAGUCUUCUUUAAACGGGCCUGGAUUUACACAAAGGUCACAGAGACCCCGACCUCAUUUUCCCUGGCUUCCUUUGCCCCUCGUCUUGGCUGGCAUUGGUGCCACUCCAAAAGUAUCCCACAGACUUUCAGAUUUUCCAGUGAAAGUGCCCUUAGCAAAAUGAAAAGUGGCCUUGCCCUCUCAAAGAUGAAAGUUUCAGCAAAAUGAGAUGAAACUGUUGUGAUGCAAGGAAGUUGGCCUUUAAAAAGCGCCCUCAUGCGGUUAAAAAAAAAGAAGGUCAGUUACGUGUAGCUCUAAUCAGGGGCAUUGUGUAUCAUCAUAUAUCAGGGGCCUAAUUUAUAGCGUUACUUAACAAUAGGCAAAUGUUGCUGCUAACUUUAACGGAAAAAAUUGUGUAUGCAUAUUUCCUAGGUUAGCAAGACAAUUGGCAGCCAGCUUGCGCGUUCGCCAUGGAUUUGUCUUUAGUUACAGUAAGCACCAGAAGAAUAGCAUACCUAUAGCACAAAAACUAGCUAGUAAUUAAGUAGCUCUUUGAAGUUGGGAACUUCCCCUCCCUGGUAAUUGCUGUAUAUUUUUUCAAAAGUUGUAUAUUAUGCUGAAGGUAUCCUUACGUUUUAUAUUAGGUGCUUGGUUUUUUGUUUUCUUUUUUUUAAUUGUCAAAUUUUUAGUGUUUUGUCUCAUAUUUCGUACUUAUUCUUUAGGGGUAAAAUAUACAUUUUUUACAACUUACUGUUAGUAUCGAGUUGACCGAAAUUUAGCUUUUUAAUUAAAACUGCUUCAUUCCUUAAGCUUGGUUCAUACUUCCUGCGAUUGGAUUGCGAAGCGAAUGUUGAC